GGCGCGUUUCGAAAGAAGGCGGAAGAGAAUUUUAAAUCAUCCCACUUUGUAUAUUGGUUUUGGCGCGCGAGUUUACGCGAGCACGUCCGUCGGCACGACGGCGGCACGCACCCCUUUAUGACGGGACGCAGCGCGGUGGCGGCGGCAGCAGUGGCGGCGGCGGCGGCUGCAGCAGGCGGACCCGAAUGGUGCUGUCAUCGCAAACCAAACAAAUAAAGCAGAAGAGGCCAGCAGCGGCGGCAACGGCGGGCAGGACGCAUGCGUUGCCCCCUUUCGGGUCGAGGAGGAGGAUCGAGCCGCCGAGACUGGCUCGGUUGUCGCGUUUCGCGUUCGUUUCCUCGCCGCUCCGCACCUGCAAAUCUCGGCCGAUCGGCGCCCAUGACCUCUGCUGGCCUGGCAGCGGCCCGCCGGCCGCCCACCUGACGCCCCGGGGCCGCGACCGGGCGCGCCCCCACCCCCGCGACGCCUGAUCUACAAGUGGCAGAUGCGUGGUGCCCGCUCGCCUCCGUCUUAAUUACAGCAGCAGCAGCAGCGACAGCCACGGUCCCCCUCGGCCUCACGUGUGUCAGCCCACGAGCCCCAUCGAGGGGGCGGCGGGAAUGCGUUCGAGGGCUGCCUGCGUGUGCCACCCGCACGCACGGCCCACCGACCACCGCCAAUCAAUCUCCGCGUGCUGCACACAAUGACACUUGACAGCCACUGACCGAGUUUUGCGCGGAAAAGUCCCCGAGUGAGCGAGAGAGCAGCAGCCAGUUUGGUGCGCGCGCGGCCGACAGGAAAUGAGCAUACCGCCGCCGCGACACCCGGCUGAGACGAAUGGCGCCGCGACGACUACCCUGACCAGUAGCAGCAGCAGCAGCAUCAGUAGCAGCACCCCCGCCUCCAGCAGCCCCUCGUCCACCCCCGUGCCGCCUCCGACCACCCCCGACGACGGCCUGCAGACUUCGACCCUGAGCGAGCGAGAGCUGUACAAGAUCGAGUUCUUCAAAACGUACGAUGUGAUGACGGGCGUGCGCAUCGCGGCCACCCUUGGCGGCUUCUUCAGCCUCAUGAUCUUCCUGGUCAUCUACAAGAGCAAGUGCAGCCGCGGCGCCAAGUCGGUCGCGUCCGAGGCGGCCGUCGAGAUGGACGUCGUGUCCGAGCUGCCUUACGACGCCCACGGACCCACCUUCUGCUCGCCAAGGAUUUCCCUCGGCAACAUGAGCGCGCCUGCUGCCUCGCUAAGGACCAGAUACUCGCAUAGUAGCUACGUGAACAUGCUCAAUUUCGAGCCCAAGAGUCUGCCAGGGUCGGUGAUGGGCUGGCCGAGCCGCAGCAGCCACCAGUGGAGCGAGCCGUCGGAGUUUCGGCAGCGCGCCUCACUCGACAUAAACGCGAGUGCGAGUCGCAACUCGAGUUUUCUCACGGUGCCCGGAGUACGUCUCAGCUCGACGGGCUCGUCUUCCGACAGCUCCUACUACCUGGAGCACCGCAGUCUCAUGGAACUGGGGCUGCCUCCUCCUAUGGUGUUUGCACCAAAUAUGCGGGUCAAAGGUCGCGUGGAGGGCGACAGGCUGGGCGUCGACGGGUGCGGGCUCGCGUCUGCGGAGCAGAGAGGCGGCAGCAGCUGCGCCAUCAACAUCAACGUGAUCCAGGCGACGCCGGACAUCUCGCCGUGCAGCAGCGAGAAGCAGCUGAACCAGCGGCAGCGGCGCGCCAUGAUGCUGGCGGCGCCGCUGGCCUCGUGCGGCAGCGCCACGCUGGCCGAGGACGCCCGCUCGAUCGGCUCCGACUCCGUCUUCUACAACGACGACGACUGGCUGGGCAGCGACGACGGCACCCUCUGCGACGACGAGAGCUCGAGUUCGGACGACUGCUCCGAGUGCUCGUCUGACGAGAACGUGUGCGUGGUCGCGCGAGACACUAAUUGCAGUUCUAGUUUGCAUUCCCGCGCGGCGUUGACGCCGCAGCCGACGGACGACGACGCCGCAGCCGCAAAACAGGGUCCAAACGAUGUACUUGGCGCGGACGACGCCGCCGCCGCGCACUCGAGGACCACAGAAUUGAGCUCACGUAGUAGUAAUAAGGUGACGACUGCCAGCAGCCUCGGGCUGGACCAACUAGCUAGCAAAGUCGACGGCAGCAAUGAGCUGAUAAGUGAAACUGUUUUUUGAGCCUGCUAAACUGCUGUGUGUAGUUGGUAAAAAAAUAUUAUAAUUGUGACCAUUAUCCGAGAUCAAAGGAAUGGUUGGCUUUUUUCCAGAUUAUCUGACAAACUCCUAAAAAAAAUUAUCCAAGGAUUUGAACGGUGGAAAUUUUUCCAAAGCACUAAAAUUAAAUUGGAAAUGUUGUUGGAAUGAUCCUCGAUCGCGUGUUGGUAUAAACAUCAGCUGAACAACAAAACGUCAAUAGUAAAGAUUAGUGUGCAUCAAUCCUGUUGCCUUGAGUGUUGACAAUUUGCUUCCUCGUAUAGUUUGCAACACACUCUGAAUAAAAUCCGCUUCAUCUAUGGCACAUUUACCUUUAGUUGGGAAGUAUGAAAGAGAUCGUGUCUAACUAAAUCUAAAAUUAAUUUGUUUAUUUACACUUUUAUAUUUUUUUAUCAAAAUAAAACCAUUAUCAAAAUUUACAAUUAAUUAUCAGAGGAGUUAAACUGACGGAAAUUGCACAGUAAUUUCCAUUACUUUCGUGCCAUUUUCCCGGGGCAAGAACGAUUUGACUCUGUCUUCUGCUAUUUUUCUCGAUUUGAAAUCGAAGAAUUUUUAAUUAGUCUUUUCUAUAGUAAAUAUUUAAUAAAAUAUAUUUCAAGGAGAACUGUAUGCCCAGUGUAAAAUUCCUCUGUUAAUGAAUCCUCGAGUGCCUCCUUCAUCAGCAUGAAUAAUUUGAUUUUAUGAAAAAUUAUUCGUGUUUUAAUUACUAGAGUCUAAAUUCCAAUCUGUGUCUGCCGCAAUGAAAAUAUUUAGUUGUUUAGUAUUUUAGCUUGGGAUUUGCACCAGGUUUUUUUAUAGAGUUACUUAUGCAAAACGUGACAAAAUGUUGUCUCUUUUCUAUUUUAUCUUACAGACAUUUUCUGCUCACCUAGUUUCGACUUCUGGUUGCAGACUAAUUUAUUAACUAAGACAAAAGAUUGAAAGUGAAUUUUCUUACAUUGAAUGUACAUUAUUUGGCAUGCAUUGAUUAUUAAAUAGCAUCAUUGAGCAUUAUUUUUCUCUUUUUCAGAGGGCCGGGGCCUUAAAAAGACCAAAAAUUGAAGCAUUAAAUGGCCUUGCAGGUGGCCUUCAUAUUAUUCUAUUAAGUUUUUAUUUAUAUGCUUAUCCUAAAUUAAUUGCUUGAGAAUAUAGUGAUAUUUUUUACCUUCAUCGAAAGGGGCAAAAUGGUACAAAUUACCUGGUGAAUAUUUUUUAAGACAAAAGUUUCUUACUUGCUGUUUAUUUCUUACAUCAUUCGGUUUUCUUCCUUUUUUCCUUAACGUGAUCUGCUCAUUCAAAUGACAUAAAUUUUUUUAAUUCAACAUUUCGCCGUUCAUGUUCUCAAUAAAAAGAGCCACCAAUAAAGAGAUCAGUCUUCGUAUAAUUUGGUAUCAUUAACAGUGCGAUGAGUUAUUAGAUACACGUGUUUCCUUCGUAAUAAAAAAUACUGCUUGGUCAACUAAUUGAAACUCGCUCUUCUCUAUUCCGGUUAUUCAUAUCACGUAUUUCCCCUCGUGAAGGAAAGGCUCACCAAUCUUUUCACGCAGUCUGUCUCUGUGUUGUCAGUAAAGAGAAGCAAGCUUGCAUUUCGCAGCAAUGGUGUAACUCCUGCGUGUAACCCUGGGAUAUUCAAUUGUCGAUGUUCUGUGUAUCGCAAAGUUACUUUGGGAAGCAACGCGGAUUGUAUCUGUAUCAGUCAAUUAGACAAACUCGUUGUACAAUUACAUUUAAUGUUGAGAGUCCUCGUAGAGACGAAAAACAGGCAGAAAGGAAACGAUCCAAAUAAGAACUAUUUUUGAAUGGUCAUGCCAUAUCAAAGGAGCAAAAUAGGAUACCUGAUAUACUCUAGAAACUUCUUGAAAAAUCACUCACUCUUUUUCUAAAAUGGCUCGAUAAUAAUACACUGCAGACAAUUCAACUACAAAUUUAGAAAGGCUUUUCUCUCACUUGUAUACUGAAAAAAAAAUGUUUUAUGCGCGCCAAUUGUCUCUUGUCUAUACAUUUCUCGCUCACGAGAUUCGCUGCCAAAUAAAAACUGCGAUUUUUGGGGUGGGCGAAUCUUCAGCCCUUAAAAGUCCACUCUUUUGAAAUCAUGCGCGCCCUACUAUUCGCAUCGACAAUUCAGUAGAAAAGUGUCAUUUUCGCUUUAAUCCAGCUUCGGAGUGGUUUAGAGAGAAAAAUCCAUAGCAAAACAAACGAGACAGCGUUUGUGUGCGCAAAUUGAACAACGACGAAUGAAAGUUGUAUUAAAACGUUGAUAAUAAAAAUUUAGGAUUGGAAGAUUUGGUGGUUGGAAACGAAAGAACAACACUGUACUCGGAGUCGGUAGAAUUCAAACCGUAAAAGUAUUGUAUAAUGAUAUAUAUUUUUCCUUUGUGUCGGCGUCCAAAGUUAAGAGGCAGUUGAUUGUUUAUGAGGUGCUCUUAAGAUUCUAACAAACGUUGUUGAAAAUUAUUUUGUAAACGCUACACAUGAUAAACACACACGCAUUGAGCUUUUUCAGAUUUUGCGAAGUGCAUCAAAAGCAUAAUCAGUGGGGGCUAUGGAAAUCUUUGUUAAUGUUAGUUUUGAUAAAAGCGCGGACGCGUGCGAGCUCCUGCAACAGAAAAAACUGCUGUGUGUUUUAAUCCCAGCGCUGUUGAUCACACACAUAUUUUAGCACCAAAACCAAAUGAAUAUAGGCUUUAAAAUUGUUAGUUACAAGAAAGAGCUGCUGCAUGAAAUCUCAUAAUGCCACUCUGAAUCCUGCAGCUUUAACUUUGUAAGUUGCAGGGGCAGACAACUUGGUUAAAUUGGUAUCAAUGUGAAGUCGUAAUGGUGAUAUAAAAUAAAAAAUAUGUUAAAAUUCAGAAAA